AUGGCGCUGUGCAAGCUGUGGAACCCUCUGAGAGAUGGGAACCCCACCACCAACUGGGGACAAUGGCUGGGCCGGCCGGCCCAGAGACUGGGGGAACUGCCAGCCCGGCAGCUGUGGCCCCACCCCGCCCCAGGGCUCCCCUCGAGGCCAGUCUGGCCCCGGAACCCAAGGGGAGGCGGAGCCCCAGUGGCCGAGGCCGCGGCCACCCAGAGGCCGGCACUGCGCCGCGGCGCUGGGCCCCGUCCCCGUCCCCGGGCUGUGGGCUCCUCACCAGGGGCCGGGCAGGGGCGUCGCUCGGAGCACGGGUCGGACCUGGCCGGGCAGUUGGAGCCCUCGGUGCUCAGCCACGCGGGCCUCCCGCCCCGGGCCCGGUGUGUCCGCCCGCGCCGCCAGGAGCAUCCCUGGUCCUCGGCUCUCGCGGGCACCUGCGACCGCUCUACUGGCCCUUCGCCCUUCUGGAGAGCCGGGCGGAGCCCAGCUGGGACCCGCUGGGGCCGGCCGGAGCAGGGCAGGGCGCCCGGGGGCGGGGAUGGGGACCCCCACCGCGGCCAUCCCGGGACGGCGGCCGGGCCGGGCCCGGGGGGAGAGGCGGCUGACUGUGCGGUGCCCGAAGGCCAGUACUGUGACAUCUGCACUGCGGCCAACAGUAACAAGGCGCACCCUGUGAGCAAUGCGGUGGACGGCACUGAGCGCUGGUGGCAGAGCCCUCCACUGUCCCGGGGCCUGGAGUACAAUGAGGUCAACGUCACCCUGGACCUGGGCCAGGUUUUCCAUGUCGCCUAUGUGCUCAUCAAGUUUGCCAACUCUCCUCGGCCAGACCUCUGGGUGCUGGAGCGGUCCACGGACUUUGGCCAUACCUACCAGCCGUGGCAGUUCUUUGCCUCCUCCAAAAGGGACUGUCUGGAGCGGUUUGGGCCUCAGACCCUGGAGCGGAUCACGCGGGAUGACGAUGUCAUCUGCACCACCGAGUACUCGCGCAUAGUACCCCUGGAGAACGGCGAGAUUGUGGUGUCCCUGGUGAAUGGACGCCCGGGGGCCAUGAACUUCUCCUACUCACCCCUGCUUCGAGACUUCACCAAAGCCACCAAUAUCCGGCUGCGCUUCCUGCGCACCAACACGCUGCUGGGCCACCUCAUGGGCAAGGCUCUGCGGGACCCCACCGUCACCCGCCGGUACUAUUACAGCAUCAAGGACAUCAGCAUCGGUGGCCGCUGCGUCUGCCACGGCCAUGCAGACGUCUGCGAUGCUAAAGACCCCUCCGACCCCUUCAGGCUGCAGUGCGCUUGCCAGCACAACACGUGCGGGGGCUCCUGUGACCGCUGCUGCCCCGGCUUCAACCAGCAGCGGUGGAAGCCGGCCACCACUGACAGUGCCAACGAGUGCCAGCCCUGUAACUGCCACGGCCAUGCCCACGACUGCUACUAUGACCCCGAAGUAGACCGGCGCAACGCCAGCCAGAACCAGGACAGUGUGUACCAGGGUGGGGGCGUGUGCAUCAACUGCCAGCAUCACACCACCGGCAUCAACUGUGAGCGCUGCCUGCCCGGCUUCUAUCGUGCGCCAGACCACCCGCUCGACUCUCCCCACGCCUGCCGCCGCUGCAGCUGCGAGUUGGACUUCACAGAUGGCACGUGCGAAGACCUGACUGGCCGCUGCUACUGCCGGCCAAACUACACAGGGGCGCAGUGCCACAAGUGCGCCGAGGGCUUCACCGGCUUCCCACACUGCUACCCUGUGCCCACAUUCUCCCUCAACACUACCGGGGAGCAGGUGCUGCCGGCUGGACAGAUCGUGAACUGUGACUGCAGCGCCGCAGGGACCGUGGGCAAUGCCUGCCGGAAGGACCCGCACCUGGGCCGCUGCGUGUGCAAGCCCAACUUCCAGGGUGCCCACUGUGAGCUCUGCAGGCCUGGGUUCUACGGCCCUGGCUGCCAGCCCUGCCAGUGCUCCAGCCCUGGGGUGGACAGUGGCAUCUGCGACCCGGACUCAGGCCAGUGCCAGUGCCGAGGGGGCUUCGAGGGGGCUGCGUGCAACCGCUGCGCCCCUGGCUACUUCCACUUCCCCCUCUGCCAGCUGUGUGGCUGCAGCCCUGCGGGGACCCUGCCCGGAGGCUGCGACGAGGAGGGCCGCUGCCCCUGCCGGCCCGGGUUCGAGGGCCCACACUGCGAUCGCUGUCGCCCUGACCACCAUGGUUACCCCAACUGCCGUGCCUGCGCCUGCGACCCCCGGGGGGCCCUGGACCAGCUCUGUGGAGCAGGUGGCUCCUGCCGCUGCCGUCCUGGCUACAUGGGCUCCGCCUGCCAUGAAUGCAGCCCCGGCUUCCAUGGCUUCCCUGCCUGCGUCCCUGGACCCUGUCACCCCGCAGGCCAGGCCCCAGCCAGCCCUUCGCUUCCUGAGGCCCCCUGCACGUGCCGGACUCACGUGGAGGGGCCAAGCUGCGAUCGCUGCAAACCUGGGUACUGGGGGCUGAGCUCCAGCAACCCCGAGGGCUGUACCCGAUGCAGCUGCGACCCCAGAGGCACGCUGGGAGGAGUGAUGGAGUGCCGGCCGGGCAGCGGCCAUUGCUUCUGCAAGGCCCAUGUGUGUGGGCAGACUUGUUCCGCGUGCAAGGACGGCUUCUUCGGGCUGGACCAGGCUGACUACUUCGGCUGCCACAGCUGCCAGUGCGAUGUUGGUGGUGCUCUGGGCCAGGGCUGUGAACCAAAGACGGGGGCCUGCCGGUGCCGGCCCAACACGCAGGGCCUCACCUGCAGCGAGCCGGCGAAGAACCACUACCUGCCUGGCCUGCACCACCUGCGGCUGGAGCUGGAGGAGGCGACCACGCCCACAGGCCACGCUGUGCGCUUUGGCUUCAACCCCCUGGAAUUCGAGAACUUCAGUUGGAGGGGCUACGCCCACAUGUCUCCGAUCCAGCCCAGGAUUGUGGCCAGGCUGAACGUGACCUCUCCUGACCUCUUUCGCCUGGUCUUCCGUUAUGUGAACCGGGGGCCCACCAGCGUGAGCGGGCGGGUCUCCAUGCACGAGGAGGCCAAGCUUGUCGCCUGUGUCAACUGCACGGAGCAGAGCCAGCCGGUGACCUUUCUGCCCAGCACUGAGCCUGCCUUUGUCACUGUGCCCCAGAGGGGCUUUGGGGAGCCCUUUGUACUAAACCCUGGCAUCUGGGCCCUUCUUGUGGAGGCGGAAGGGGUGCUCCUGGACUACGUGGUCCUGCUGCCGAGCGCUUACUAUGAGGCGGCGCUCCUGCAGCUCCGAGUGACCGAGGCCUGCACCUACCGGCCAUCUGCACAGAACUCCCAGGAAAACUGCCUUCUCCACACCCAUCUCCCCCUGGACGGCUUUCCCUCAGCGUCCGGGCUCGAGGCCCUGUGUCGCCAUGACAACAGCUUGCCCCGGCCCUGCCCCACGGAGCAGCUCAGCCCUUCGCACCCACCUCUGGCCGCCUGCGUGGGCAUCGACGUGGACGUCCAGCUUCAGGUGAUGGUGCCUCGGCCGGGCCGCUAUGCCUUGGUGGUGGAAUACACCAACGAAGAUCCUGACCAGGAGGUGGGCGUGGCUGUGCACACACCCCAGCGGGCCCCCCAGCAGGGGGCGCUCACCCUACACCCCUGCCCGUACAGCGCCCUGUGCCGAGGCCCCACCCUGGACUCUCAGCACCACCUGGCCACCUUCCACGUGGACUCGGAGGCCAGCAUCCGGCUCACCUCUCCGCAGGCGCGUUUCUUCCUGCACGGCGUCACCCUGGUGCCUGCGGAGGAGUUCAGCACGGAGUUCGUGGAGCCCCGUGUCCACUGUGUGAGCAGCCACGGCGCCUUCGGGCUCAGCAGGGCUGCCUGCGUGCCCUCGCGCUUCCCGAAGCCGCCACAGCCCAUUGUGCUGAGGGACUGCCAGGUGCUGCCGCUCCCUCCGGACCUCCCUCUGACCCGCUCCCAGGAGCUUGCCCCCGGAGCCGCCCCUCCCGGGCCCCAGCCUCGCCCCCCCACCGCGGUGGACCCCGACAUCGAGCCCACCCUGCUGCGCCACCCCCAGGGCACCGUGGUCUUCACCACCCAGGUCCCCACCCUGGGCCGCUACGCCUUCCUGCUGCACGGGUACCAGCCGGCCCACCCCACCUUCUCCGUGGAGGUCCUGAUCCAUGGAGGCCGGGUCUGGCAGGGCCACGCCAAUGCCAGCUUCUGCCCGCAUGGGUAUGGGUGCCGCACGCUGGUGUCGUGUGAGGGCCGGACCAUGCUGGACGUGACAGACAGCGAGCUCACGGUGACCGUGCGGGUGCCCGAGGGCCGGUGGCUCUGGCUGGACUACGUGUUGGUGGUCCCCGAGGACGCCUAUGGCCCCAGCUACCUCAGGGAGGAGCCCCUGGACAAGUCCUAUGACUUCAUCAGCCACUGUGCCGCCCACGGCUAUCACAUCAGCCCCAGCAGCUCCACCCCAUUCUGCCGGCAGGCCGCCGCCUCCCUCUCUCUCUUCUACAAUAACGGUGCUCGGCCCUGUGGCUGCCACGAGGUGGGUGCCACAGGCCCCACUUGUGAGCCCUUUGGGGGCCAGUGUCCCUGCCGGGCCCACGUCAUCGGCCGUGACUGCUCUCGCUGUGCUACAGGCUACUGGGGCUUCCCCAACUGCAGGCCCUGUGAUUGCGGGGCCCGCCUCUGCGACGAGCUCACGGGCCGGUGCAUCUGCCCGCCGCGCACCGUCCCCCCCGACUGCCUGGUCUGCCAGCCCCGGACCUUCGGCUGCCACCCCCUGGUUGGCUGUGAGGAGUGCAACUGCUCCGGGCCCGGCGUGCAGGAGCUGACUGACCCGACCUGUGACACGGACAGCGGCCAGUGCAAGUGCCGGCCCAACGUGUCCGGGCGCCGCUGUGACAGCUGUGCGCCGGGCUUCUACGGGUACCCCAGCUGCCAGCCCUGUGACUGCCACGGGGCGGGCACGGCGCCCAGCGUGUGUGACGCCCUCACAGGCCAGUGCCACUGCAAGGAGAACGUGCAGGGCCCGAGGUGUGACCAGUGUCGAGUGGGGGCCUUCUCCCUCGAUGCCUCCAACCCCAAGGGCUGCACCCGCUGCUUCUGCUUUGGAGCCACCGAGCGCUGCCGGAGCUCCGCCCACGCCCGCCGCGAGUUCACGGACAUGGAGGGCUGGACGCUGCUGAGCAGUGACCGGCAGGUGGUCCCCCAUGAGCAUCGGGAAGGGACGUGGCUCUACGCAGACCUGCGGCACGUGGUCGACAGCAGCCCGGAGCUGUACUGGCAGGCGCCUCCUUCCUACCUUGGAGAUCGGGUGUCGUCCUACGGAGGGACCCUCCGCUACGAGCUGCACUCCGAGACCCAGCGGGGAGACGUCUUCUUCCCGACCGAGAGCAGGCCGGGUGUGGUACUGCAGGGCAACCAGAUGAGCAUCACAUACCUAGAGCCGUCCUACCCCGCACCUGGCCAUGUUCAUCACGGGCGGCUGCAGCUGGUGGAGGGGAACUUCCGGCACAUGGAGACCCACAACGCUGUGUCCCGGGAGGAACUCAUGAUGGUCCUGGCCAGCCUGGAGCAGCUGCAGAUCCGCGCCCUCUUCUUGGCCAACUCGGUCUCCCUGCGUAGGGUGGUACUGGAGGUAGCUGGCGAGAUGAGCAUGGGGCCUCCGGCCAGCAACGUGGAGGUGUGCAUGUGUCCUGCCAACUACCGCGGCGACUCAUGCCAGGAAUGCGCCCCUGGCUACUUCCGUGACACCAAAGGGCCUUUCCUGGGUCGCUGUGUCCCUUGUCAGUGCCACGGCCACUCAGACCGCUGCCUCCCCGGCUCUGGCAUCUGUGUGGGCUGCCAGCACAACACCGAGGGCGACCACUGCGAGCGCUGCCGGGCCGGCUUUGUGAGCGGUGGGGCCGGGGACCCCGCAGCCCCCUGUGUCAGCUGUCCCUGCCCGCUCGCAGCACCUUCCAACAACUUCGCGGAGGGCUGCGUGCUGCGAGGAGGACAGGCCCAGUGCCUGUGUAAGCCUGGCUACGCCGGGGCCUCCUGCGAGCGCUGUGCACCUGGCUUCUUCGGGAACCCUCUAGUGCUGGGCAGUUCCUGCCAGCCCUGCGACUGCAGCGGCAACGGGGACCCCAACCUGCUCUUCAGUGACUGCGACCCCCUGACCGGCGCCUGCCGCGGCUGCCUGCGCCAUACCACCGGGCCCCGCUGUGAGGCGUGCGCCCCCGGCUUCUACGGGAACGCCCUGCUCCCCGGCAACUGCACGCGGUGUGACUGCUCGCUGUGCGGGACGGAGGCCUGCGACCCCCAGACCGGGCGCUGCGUGUGCAAGGCGGGUGUGGCCGGGACACGCUGCGACCGCUGUCAGGAAGGACACUUUGGCUUCGAGCUCUGUCAGGGCUGCCGCCCCUGUGCCUGUGGACCGGCCGCCGAAGGCCCGCAGUGCCACCCCCAGAGCGGGCAGUGCCGAUGCCGACCGGGGACCACGGGACCCCAGUGCCGUGAGUGUGCCCCUGGCCACUGGGGGCUCCCGGAGCACGGCUGCAGGCGCUGCCAGUGCCCGGGAGGCCAUUGUGACCCGCGCACCGGCCGCUGCACGUGCCCCCCAGGGCUCGGAGGGGACCGCUGCGAUGUGUGUAGCCAACAGCACCAGGUGCCCGUGCCAGGCGGGCCUGGAGGCCACGGCAUCCACUGCGAAGUGUGUGACCACUGUGUGGUCCUGCUUCUGGACGACCUGGAGCGGGCUGGCGCCAUCCUCCCCGCCAUUCGAGAGCAGCUCCGCAGCCUCAACACCAGCUCAGCGGCCUGGGCGCGGCUGCACAGGCUGAACGUCUCCAUCGCCGACCUGAAGACCCAGCUCCGGGGUCCACCAGAUCCCCGUCACAAGACGGUGCAGCGGCUGCAGACUCUAGAGCGACAGAGCACAAGCCUUGUGCAGGACGCACAGCAGCUGGACAGCCAGGCCGCUGGAGCCCGAGACCAGGCAGGUCGACUGCUGGACAGCACCGAGGUCACACAGGGUCGGGCCCAGACGCUGCUGGAGAAGAUCCGGGCUGUGGACCGUGCCCUGAGCGAGCUCGCAGCCCAGAUGGGCCAUCUGACGCCAGCCAACGCCUCGGCCCCCUCAGGAGAGACGCUGAGCUGGACGCUGGCGCAAGUGGAGCGUCUGCUCCGGGAGAUGCGGGCGCGGAGCCUGGGGGGCCCGCGGGCAGUGGCGGAGGCCGAGCUGGCCGAGGCCCAGACACUGCUAAUGCACGUGCAGGAGCACCUGGCUGGCCGCUGGGGGGAAAACCAGGAACUGUCCAUGGAAAUCCAUGACCAGCUGGCCCAGUAUGAGGCUGACCUUAUGGACCUUCGCGAGGCCCUGAACCGGGCGGUGGACACCACGCGGGAGGCCGAGGAGCUCAACAGCCGCAACCAGGAGCAGCUGGAGGAAGCCCUGCAACGGAAGCAGGAGCUGUCAGGGGACAACGCAACGGUGGUGGCCGCCCUGCAGGCCGCCCAGCAGACCCUGAACCGUGUUGUGGAGCUUCUGCAUGGCGUGGAUGUGGCCAAGGAGGAGCUGGAGCGCCUGGCGGCCAGCCUCGACGGUGCACGCGCACCCCUGCUGCAGAAGAUGCAUCUCUUCUCCCCAGCCGGCAGCAAGCUAGGCCUGGUGGAGGCCGCCGAGGCCCACGCCAGGCAGCUGGACCAGCUGGCACUCAACCUGUCUAGCAUCAUCCGGGGCAUCAACCAGGACCGCUUCAUCCAGAGGGCUGUGGAGGCCUCCAACGCCUAUAGCAGCAUCCUGCAGGCUGUGCAGGCUGCGGAGCGCGCGGCCGGCCAGGCCCAGCGGCAGGCGGCUCACACAUGGGAGCUGGUGGUCCGGAAGGGCCUGGCAGACCGAGCCCAGCGACUGCUGGCCAAUAGCAGUGUGCUGGAGGUGGCCAUCCGGGGGCAGCGGCGGCGAUUAGACCUCGCACGGGUCGCCCUGCAGGGUGCUGGCACCCAGAUCCGGGACAUCCACGCACAGAAGGACGAGCUGGCAGCUCGGGUCCGGGAGGCCCAGGCCAUGCUGGCCAUGGACACAGACGAGACAAGCGAGAAGAUCGCCCACGCCAAGGCAGUGGCUGCCCAGGCCCAGGACACGGCCUCCCGCGUGCAGUCCCGGCUCCAGGACAUGCAGAAGAACCUAGAGGACUGGCAAGGCCGGUUCGGGGGGCUGCGCGGCCGGGACCUGGGCCAGGUAGUGCUUGACGCGGGCCGCUCAGCGUCCACCCUGGAGAAGACCCUGCCACAGCUGCUGGCCAAGCUGAGUCUCCUGGAGAACCGCGGAGUGCACAACACCAGCCUGGCCCUGUCCGCCAGCAUCGGCCGCGUGCGGGCGCUCAUUGCUCAGGCCCGGGGUGCUGCCAGCAAGGUCAAGGUAUCCAUGAAGUUCAAUGGGCGCUCAGGGGUGCAGCUACGCACCCCACGGGACCUCUCCGACCUGGCUGCCUACACCGCCCUCAAGUUCCACCUGCAGAGCCCCACGCCCGCGCCCGCGCCUGGAGAGAACACUGGAGACCACUUCGUGCUCUACAUGGGCAGCCGCGAGGCCAGUGGGGAUUACCUGGGCGUGUCUCUGCGCAACCAGAAGGUGCACUGGGUGUUCCGGCUGGGGGAGGCCGGGCCCGCCACCCUCAGCAUCGACCAGGACAUCGGGGAGCAGUUUGCAGCCAUCAGCAUGGACAGGACCCUCCAGUUUGGCCACAUGUCCAUCACAGUGGAGAAUCAGGUGAUCCAGGAGAUCAAGGGAGACACCGUGGCCCCCGGUGUGGAGGGCUUACUCAACCUGCGGCCCGACGACUUUGUGUUCUACGUGGGAGGUUAUCCUGACAACUUCACGCCCCCCCCACCCCUCCGUUUCCCCGGCUACCGCGGCUGCAUUGAGAUGGAGUCGCUGAACCAGGAGGUGCUGAGCCUCUACAACUUCCAGAGGACCUUCAGACUCAACACGGCCGUGGACAAGCCCUGUGCUCGCUACAAGUCCACCGGGGACCCCUGGCUCACCGAUGGCUCCUACUUCGACGGCACUGGCUUCGCCCGCAUCAGCUUCGAGAAACAGUUCAGCAACACAAAGCGCUUCGAGCAGGAGCUGCGGCUCGUGUCUGGCGACGGGAUCAUCUUCUUCCUGAGGCACCAGGCAUGCCUGGCCGUGCAGCAAGGCAGCCUGGUGCUCUUCUAUGACUUCGGCACGGGCCUGCAGGAAGCGGCCCCGCUGCACCCCGGGCCGCCCAUGACCGCGGCCAGCAAAGCGAUCCAGGUGUUCCUUCUGGCCACCAAUCGCAAGCGUGUGCUGGUGCGCGUGGAGCGGCUCACAGUGUUCAGCGUGGAGCUGGACAACAAGCUGGAGCUGGCCGACACCUACUUCCUGGGUGGUGUGCCCCCCGAGCAGCUGCCCCUGAGCCUGCAGCCGCUCUUCCCCUCCGGGGGCUCCAUCCGAGGCUGUAUGAAGGGGAUCAAAGCGCUGGGCAAGUAUGUGGACCUCAAGAGGCUCAACACCACCGGCAUCAGCUUUGGCUGCACCGCCGACCUGCUGGUGGAGCGCAUCAUGACUUUCCACGGCCACGGCUUCCUGACCCUGGGCCUCCCCAGUGUGGCGCCCCUCACCAGCCCCGUCUACUCCGGCUUUGGCUUCCGCAGCACCCAGGAAAAUGGUCUGCUGUACCACCGCGCAUCCCCGGAUGGGCUAUGCCAGGUGUCCUUGAAGCAGGGCCAGGUGACACUCCUGCUUAUGAAGACAGAGGUGAAAACCCGACGGGUCUUUGCCGAUGGGGUCCCACACUACGUGGCCUUCUACAGCAAUGAGACCGGGGUCUGGCUCUACGUAGAUGACCAGCUGCAGCAGAUGAAGCCUCACCGGGGGCCUCCUGCUGGGCUGCCGCCCAACCCGCAGGGUGCCCGCCUGCUGCUGGGAGGCCUGGAUGAGCCCGGCCCCUUGCACAGAUUCAGCGGCUGCCUCAGCAAUGUCUUUGUGCAGCGACUCCAGGGCCCACAGCGCGUGUUCAACCUGCAGCAGAAUCUGGGCAGUGCCAACGUGAGCACAGGCUGCACCCCAGCGCCAGAGACACAGGCUGCGGGGCACCGCCGACCCCAGGGGCUGCGGGUCUCUGCUCGGAAGACCUCACGCCGCAGACGCCAGCCCCGGCAGGACUCUGCCUGCCCCGCAUCCCACCCCAGCACCACCCCAGACUCCUACCAGUUUGGAGGGUCCCUGCUCAAUCACCUGGAGUUUUCAGGCAUCUCGAGCUCCCGUGGGAACGGGUCCCACUUCUCCAUGCUCGUCUACCCCCGUGCCUCCUACGGCCUCCUCCUCUACGCUGCCCCCCAGACGACCCACAGCCCCGCCCUGGUGCUCUACUUGAAUCGUGGUCACUUCACUGUGCAGACCGAAGGCCCUGGGCCAGGGCUCCACGCCAGGAGCCAGCAGCGUUCCCGGUCCGGCCAGUGGCACAUGGUGUCCGUGCACUGGGAGCAGAAUAAGAUCCAGCUGCUGACCUCCGGGGCCCCAGUGGUGAGCCAGGGGCGCUCGCACAGCGGGAUGCAGCGGGCAGACGGCCCGCAGUCUCUCACCCUCUUUGUGGGCGGCCUCCCCCCCAGCCGCCGUGCCGUCACGCUCCCGGUGUCCGUGGGGUUUAGUGGCUGUGUGAAAAGACUACAGCUGGACAGGCAGCCCCUGGGGCCCCCCACACGAUCGGUGGGGGUCACGCCCUGCACCCCAGGACCCCUGGAGCCAGCCCUCGUCUUCUCAGGCAGAGGGGGAGUCAUCACUCUAGCGCCUCCCGAGGCCACGCUGACACAGGUGGAGCUGGAGCUGGAGGUGCGGCCCCUGCUGGCCUCGGGCCUGGUCUUCCACCUGGGCCGGGGCCAGGCGCCCCCCUACCUGCAGCUGCAGGUGUCUAAGGAACAGGUCCUGCUGCGGGCAGAUGACGGGGCAGGCGAGUUCUCCACGUGGGUGAAGCACCCCGAGGCCCUGUGUGACGGGCGGUGGCACAGGCUGGCAGCCAUCAAGAGCCAGAAUGCGCUGUGUCUGGAGGUGGACAGAGCGAGCAACCACACCGUGGGCCCCUCACCAGCGGCCUUGGCUGGGGCCCCUGCACCUCUGCACCUUGGGGGCCUGCCCGAGCCCACAGCCGCAGAGGGGACGCCCCCGGCCUACCAAGGCUGCAUGAGGAAGCUGGUGGUGAACCAUUCCCCCAUCGCCUGGGCCACGGCCACCGAGCUGCAGGGGGAAGCGGGGGUCAGCGGCUGCCCAGUCACAUAGUGCAGCUGCCCCUGUGGAGCCCUGGCUCUGGGCUGGCUUCACCUGGGUGGCCAGGCCCCCGCGGGCUGGGUGUCACCGAGGUUUGUGGGUAUUUAUGUAGACUAGCUCCAAGGGUGACCACUCUUGUUUCUGGAAACAGUUUUACCUUUUCCAAUCUAAAGGCAAGACACUAAAAGGGGUUUAUACUUUGUACCUUCUCUGAGAUCUGAAAGCUUACUGGUUUCCUCUCAAAAAUUAAAAGUCAUUUGCUUAA